AUGCCCAGUCCCCUCCAGGCCGUACCGGUGCUGGGGCCCGGCCCGGCCCCCGACACCGAGCCCUACGUCGGCGUGGCGGUGGACAACGAGGACCUGCUGCGGGAGAAGGAUGCAUGUGGCGUCGGAUUCAUCGCCAACCUGAAGGCUGAGCGCACCCAUGACAUCGUCACCAAGGCCCUCAUGGCCCUCGGCUGCAUGGAGCACCGCGGCGCCUGCUCCUCAGACAACGUCUCCGGCGACGGCGCGGGGCUGAUGCUGGAGAUCCCCUGGGACCUGCUGGCCGAGGAGGUCCCCGGCACGGCCCAGGGCUCCACGGGGGUGGGCAUGGUCUUCUUGCCCGACGAUGAGGCCGCGGCGGGCACCGCGCGUGGCAUCGUGGCGGCCGUGGCCGAGGCGGAGGGCUUUGACCUGCUGGGCUGGCGCGACGUGCCCGUGGACGUGGCCGCGGUGGGCGAGGUGGCGCGCGCCACCAUGCCCCGUAUCGCGCAGGUGGUGCUGCGGUCGCGCGCCGGCCUGGCCGGCGACGACCUGGAGCGCGAGCUCUUCAUCGUGCGCAAGCUGAUCGAGCGGCGCAGCGAGCGCGAGCUGGGGCCGGAGCUCGCGCCCGGCUUCUACUUCUGCUCCCUGUCCUGCCGCACCAUCGUGUACAAGGGCAUGCUGAACUCGGGCGCGGUGGCGCGCUUCUUCCGCGACCUCACUGACCCGCGCUACGUCACGUGCUUUGCGGUGUAUCACCGCCGCUACUCGACCAACACGACGCCGCGCUGGCCGCUGGCGCAGCCCAUGCGCCUGCUGGGGCACAAUGGCGAGAUCAACACGCUGCAGGGCAACCUGAACUGGGUGGCCUCGCGCCAGGGCGCGCUCCGCGCCGAGGCUUGGGGCGGGCGCGAGCGCGAGCUGCUCCCGCUCUGCGACGCGCGCGAGUCGGACUCGGCCAACCUGGACCACCUGGCCGAGCUGCUGGUGCGGUCGGGGACGGACGCGCGCGAGGCGCUGAUGGUGCUGGUGCCCGAAGCCUAUCGCAACCACCCCGACCUGGCCGCCGAAUACGCGGCGGUGGCCGACUUUUACCGCUAUUACGAGGGCCUGCAGGAGGGCUGGGACGGCCCCGCCCUCCUCGUCUUCACCGACGGGAAGAAGGUCGGCGCGCGCCUGGACCGCAACGGCCUGCGCCCCGCCCGCUUCUGGCGCACCGCCGACGGGGUGGUCUACGUGGCCAGCGAGGUCGGCGUGCUGGGCGACGUCUUCUCCUCCGCGCCCAACAUCGUGGCCAAGGGGCGGCUGGGCCCGGGCCAGAUGCUGUGCGCCGACCUGGAGACGGGCGAGUUCCAGGGGCACGUGGACAUCGCCAGGGACGUGGCCUCGCGCCACCCCUACGCCGACUGGCUAGCGGCGUGCACGCACCGCCUGGCGGACAUCGUGCCGCCCCGCACGGUGCUGGAGGGCCCCGCCAUGGCGGCGGGGGACGCGCUGCGCCUGAUGGCGGCCUCGGGGUACGGGCUGGAGGACACGGCGAUGGUGAUCGAGGGCAUGGCGGGGUCGGGCGCGGAGCCGACCUACUGCAUGGGCGACGACGUGCCGCUGCCGGCGCUGGCGCGCUCGCCCCACCUGCUCUACGACUACUUCAAGCAGCGCUUCGCGCAGGUGACCAACCCGCCCAUCGACCCGCUGCGCGAGGGACUGGUGAUGAGCCUGGAGAUGCGGCUGGGGCGGCGCGGGAACCUGCUCAGCCCCGGCCCCGACUCCUACCAGCAAACCAGCCUGGUGGUGGAGACGGCGGGGUGCGUGUCCACGCACCACCUGGCCGCGCUGGUGGGCUACGGCGCGCACGCGGUGGUGCCCUACCUGGCCUUCGAGGCGGCGCGGCAGUGGCGCGCCUCGCCGCGCACGGAGAACCUGGUGCGCGCGGGGAAGCUGCCGGACGUGAGCAUGGCGGCGGCGCAGCGCAACUACAAGAAGGCGCUGGAGAAGGGGCUGAUGAAGAUCCUGUCCAAGAUGGGCAUCAGCCUGCUGUCCUGCUACCACGGCGCCCAGAUCUUCGAGGCCUACGGCCUGGGGCGGGAGGUGAUAGACGCGGCCUUCGUGGGCACGGUGUCGCGCAUCGGGGGCCUGACCCUGGACGACGUCCAGCGCGAGACGGAGGCCUUCUGGGCCAAGGGCUUCCCGGAGAAGAAGCUGACCAAGCUGGAGGACUACGGCUACAUCCAGGCCCGGCCCAAGGGCGAGCACCACGCCAACAACCAGGCCAUGAGCAAGCUGCUGCACAAGGCCAUCGGCCUGGGCGGGCACGGCCCCGCGGGGGCGGGCGCCUACGAGGCCUACCUCCAGCACUUCCGCGCCGCGCCGGUCACCGUCCUGCGCGACCUGCUGGAGCUGCACACCGGGGCGGCGGCCGUGGACGUGGAGGAGGUGGAGUCCGUGGCCGACAUCGUGGCGCGGUUCUGCACGGGGGGGAUGAGCCUGGGCGCCAUCAGCCGCGAGACGCACGAGACCAUCGCCAUCGCCAUGAACCGGCUGGGCGGGAAGAGCAACUCGGGCGAGGGCGGGGAGGACCCCGUGCGCUGGCUGGAGCUGGAUGGCGUGGACAAGGGCGGGCGCUCGGCGCUGCUGCCCCACCUCAAGGGGCUGCGGGCUGGGGACACCGCCACCUCCCGCAUCAAGCAGGUGGCCUCGGGCCGGUUCGGCGUGACCCCGGAGUUCCUGGUCAACGCCGACCAGGGCGGGCAGCUGCCCGGCAAGAAGGUGUCGCCCUACAUCGCGGACCUGCGGCGUAGCAAGCCGGGCGUGCCCCUCAUCUCCCCGCCCCCCCACCAUGACAUCUACUCCAUCGAGGACCUGGCCCAGCUCAUCUACGACCUGCACCAGGUGAACCCGGCGGCGCGCGUGUCGGUCAAGCUGGUGGCCCAGGCGGGGAUCGGCACCGUGGCCUCGGGCGUGGCCAAGGCCGGGUCGGACGUGAUCCAGGUGUCGGGGCACGACGGAGGGACGGGGGCCUCCCCCAUCUCCUCCAUCAAGCACGCUGGGGGCCCCAUGGAGAUGGGCCUGGCCGAGGUGCACCAGACCCUGACCGCCAACGGCCUGCGCGACCGCGUGGUCCUGCGCGCCGACGGCGGCAUGCGCACCGGGCGCGACGUGCUCGUGGCCGCCGCCCUCGGAGGCGACGAGUUCGGCUUCGGCACCGUGGCCAUGAUCGCCACGGGCUGCAUCAUGGCCCGCGUCUGCCACACCAACAACUGCCCCGUGGGCGUGGCCAGCCAGCGUGAGGAGCUGCGCAAGCGAUUCCCAGGCACACCCGAGGACCUGGUCAACUACUUCAUGUUCGUGGCGGAGGAGGUGCGCGCGGGGCUGGCCUCGCUGGGCCUGCGCUCGCUGGACGAGCUGGUGGGGCGCGGCGACUACCUGCGCCAGCGCACCGACGUCAGCCUGGCCAAGACCUCGGCGCUGGACCUGUCCAUCCUGACCCGCUUCGCCGGCGAGACGGCCACCAGCACGGAGCGGCGCGGCGCGCCGCCGCACGACAACGGCAGCGAGUGGGACGACGUCAUCCUGGCCGACGCCGAGGUCCAGAAGGCCAUCGACGAGGAGGGCACCGUCCGCCGGUCCUACGACAUCGCCAACACCGACCGCUCGGCCCUGGGGCGCCUGGGCGGGGCCAUCGCCAAGCGCUACGGCGACGACCGCUUCCAAGGCCGCAUCGAGCUGGACCUGCGGGGCUCCGCGGGGCAGUCCUUUGCCUGCUUCAUCACCCGCGGCGUGCACGUGACGCUGACGGGCGAGGCCAACGACUACGUGUGCAAGGGCAUGGCCGGGGGCGAGGUGGCCAUCCGGCCGCCCGAGGAGUCGCGCUUCCCCGCGCGGGAGGCGAGCAUCGUGGGGAACACCUGCCUGUACGGCGCCACGGGCGGCGCACUCUUCGUCAACGGCCGCGCGGGCGAGCGCUUCGCGGUGCGCAACUCGCGCGCCGCCGCCGUGGUGGAGGGCGUGGGCGACCAUGCCUGCGAGUACAUGACGGGGGGUGUGGUGGUGGUGCUGGGCAAGUCGGGACGCAACGUCGCGGCGGGCAUGACCGGCGGCCUGGGCUACUUCUACGACCCCCAGGGCACGUUCCCUGACCGCGUGAACGCGGAGAUCGUGACGGUGCAGCGGGUGCUGACGGGGACGGGGGCUGCGCAGCUGAAGGGGCUGCUGGAGCGGCACGUGGAGCUGACCGGGUCGGCCGCCGGGCAGGAGCUGCUGGGCGACUGGGAGGCGGCCCUGCCCCGCUUCUGGCAGCUGCGAUUUCAGCACCUCGAGAUCGGGGCGCACGACACCGACCUGCUCGCGAGUCCUGGCCCUACCGGUCCCGUACAGUACCCACUGCGAGCCCCCUCGUUCCAGCCCCUCCCCGGCCCAUUUCAAGGCACCAGAGUGUGA